GCGAUCCUCCCCUCCCCCGCAUCGCGUGUUGCCCGCCGUGACUCCCGCCGGCGUGAUGGCCAUGCUUGCCCUCAGCCGUGACUCCCGCCGCCGUGAUUCUAGGACCCGCCAUCAGCUCCUUCCUACCGCGAUUUCAGCAGUCAGAUGCAUGGUUGCAACUCUCCAUGGAAGGCGACAUCCUCCCCUAAACCUCGCCCCGGCUCUCUCCAUGGAAGGCGACAUCCUCCCCUCGCCACCUCCCCCGACCCCGUCGUGCCUUGCAUCCAGGCCACCGCGCGCACCACCCCUCCCCCUCGACUGGUUGCAACUCUGUACCAGGCUAUACCAGCAGCAGCAGAGCAAAGAGACAACAUGCUUGAGACUUGAGAGAGGAAAGUGACCGGGGUGCCGCUCCGGCCAGGUCAAGGUGGUGAAGGAAGUGGGUGCGAAGGAAGUUGGGGCUCGCGUUCGGAAAGCUUUUCAGCCUCUCUUCGCCAAGAAGGAGAUUCCGAUUUUUGGCGCCCACACGCAUGUUGUACAAUGGCUUGUUCGUUCUGGUACGCAUGGAUUUGAUUGAGUUCGGUUAGUCGGCUCCUAUUUUAGACUCAGUUAAUUGGUUUGUUCAUUUGGUGAUGAUUUUGGAGCCAGUUGCAGUAUCUUAUUCUUGCGGUUUCGGAAUGUAAUCCAGCUCUGAUUCAAGAUUUAUUAGGCUGGAGAGAUUAUUUCUCGCUUUGAGAAGACAAAGUUUUUGUUGAAAUGCUAAAAACUUUUCCAGUGCACCAAAGACUUGGGUCAGGCACCAUCAGAAAACCACAUGGCUCGGCAACCUUGGAGCAAUAAUGGUCAUAGAAAUUCCCCUUCAAAUUCAUUAGAUGGAGGAGUUCCUGGACCCAUGCCUCUGCUCCCUUUCCAGGACGAACUUGCAGUUGGUUGUUAAGAGAUUUGUAGAAUUGCUGCUAAUAAUACUCUUGUGCUAGAGGAUAUUUUGGGCCUUAGGCAAGAAUUAGCUGUCAUUGAAGACGAGAUCCAUAUACUUGCCAAACAAACCAUUCCUAGACUUCGUGUUGAUAAUGAAAUGGAAUACAGGGAUAUUAUCCAGGGAGGCAUGAAGUUAGAGGAACAUAUGCAUGCUCUUAAACUUAUCAAGGAAGAAGUGUUGGUCCUAAGUUCUGAAAAGAUGGAGUUGGAAGCUUUGUGCAAAGAGCUAUUUGUGAAGGUUCAGUCAUUGUACAGGGAGCUGGAGCAGAUCCAAUCCGAGAACAAGCAGAUACCUGCUAUAAGAGAAGGGUUGCAUGAUAUACAAGAGGAGAUUUCGAGGGCCAGGAUGGCAUACGAGCAUGAGAAACGUGCAAAAGUUGAGCUUCUUGAGGAGAGUCAGGCCAUAGAGAGUGAUUUUAUCAACAUAAAAAUAGAAGCACAGAGAUUACGGACAGAGCUGGAGAAGCGGAGGUCUGGUGUGUUCAAGCAUCAUGCAUUUGGCUCAUACUAUAAAAAGAUAGAGCAUGGCAUUGCAUCCUCCAACUGGUAGGUGGGUGUCACAAAGCGUAGCUAAGGGUUUGGUGUCUAUCAGAGAAAUUAGUCGAACUCAGGAGUCAAGACCAAAUGCGUUUGUCUUUCGGAUGAGCAGCUGAUAGUUAUUUGCGAACACAUUGCUAUUACUAUAUCUCAUUAUUAAGUAGGAGUACAAAUUGGACGAUUGAAAGAAGAAUAUUAUCAAUUUGGUCUUUAUUGUACUCCUACUUAUUUUUUUCUCUCGAGAAGUACUCCUACUUAUUUUUAAUGGAUGUUUUAUGUCUUAUUAUCCACUUCUA